AUGUGCAAACUGGAACACGGAAACAUCGUCUUUGAUACGCAUCUGGACAGCCACUCCGACCUUGGAAUCAAUGCGCCACCUGAAGACCGCGUGACGCUGAGAAGGAUAACUAGCUGUGCUCCGCUAGUCACCGAAGGCUACACAGAGUCCGUAAAGGCGGUUUACACCAACUCGACCUACGUGCGCUACAUGUACGGGCCGCAGGGUAUUCCGCCAAAUGUUUCCGACGAAGUGACCAUGGAUUACCCCGAGUUUUCAGUGAUCGACUACUAUGGUACAGGCAAAGAAACAAUUGAAAAAACAGCCUUCUCUCUAGGUGGUUUUGAGUAUAGAUUGCUCAAUGACGGAACGACGAACGACUACAAGACGUCAUGGUUGCCUAUUCCACAACUCAGGAACAAUGCCUCCGAUACGGUGAUCCUCUUCUUGUCUGCCAACUACGUCAACUUCGGCGCCCCGGUCGAUGAUCCAUGGUACUCAGCCCACCGGGAACUCUCAAACGUCAUCUACGCAGAUCAAGCAUCAUCACCUUUAGCGUGUAAGAUUCAACAGCAGUUCUGCUAUCCUGCGCUCUCCGGUGAAGCUCAGUGCGAGCCUUUCUCUGGAAUGUACGAUGACUCGGGGGCAUAUCAGUUCGAGGAAAGACAGAAGCCCAGCUACAUUUGGACAGCCACACUGAUGUCGCAGCUCCACGAUAUAUACAACAUUGCCUCUGUGCUGCGUACGUCAGCCUUGGCAUCCAAAUUCUACAUGCAGGCGGACAUCAUUGGACCGCUACCGGACAACCAGUGGCAGAUAGACCUCGAGUACAUGCACAACAUCACGCUAGCCAACCUCCAGUCCGCAGCCGUGUCAAUCGCCAAAGGACCGUCCAAUCCCGACCUGCUCCAAUACGUCAGCCCGCCCACCGACUCGGCCUCCAAAAAGCUGUGCAAGAAUCAGAAAGUCUACUCAACCGCCCACUUCAACUUCUCCCUCUUCUGGCUCAUCCUCGUCCUCGCCCUCGGCACCGUCCUCCUCCUCCUCUCCUACACCCUCGAGCCAUUCGUCCGCCUCAUCCAACGUCGCCGCUGGCUGCGCUACGACCCGCUCGUCGACGCCUACGCGCGCCUCGAAUGGACGACCAACGAGACGCUGCAGCUGCAGCGGCUGGCGCACGAGGAAUUGGGUGUCGGGGAGUGGAAGGGGUGUGUGGACGACGUGCCGGUGACGGUGGAUGGUAGGCAGCGGCUGGCGGUGCUGGAUGUGUCGGAUCUGCAGCAUCCGAGGCUGAAGAGGCCGGCAAAGGGGUAUGAAGAGGUGUUGGCGGGGGAUGAUGGGGAUACGGUUGCGAGUGGGAAGAUGCGGGGGGAGAGGGGGGGAGGGGAGGAGGAGGGGGAGGAGGAGGAGAAGAAGGAGGGGGUGGAGUCGUCGGUGGCGCAGUGUGAUAGUCCGAUAAGUCCGUUGGAGGAACGGGGGGUGGGGGGAGAAGAGCGAAGUCAUGGGAAUUAA